UUGCUUUUCGGCGAUGGACUUCAAAACCGGUGAUUUAGUGGAGGUGUGCUCCAAAGAUGAGGGUUUCCAUGGCGCGUUGUACGAGGCCAAGGUCGUCCGCUCAUUGCCAAGGCUCAACCGCUACACCGUGGUCUACGACUCCAUCGUUGAGGAAGCUGACACCUCCAAGCAUCUCAGGGAGACCGUCGAUGCUGCCCAGGUUCGCCCCCGGCCUGUUUGGGCGCGCGAUGGGGCAUUCACCGUGCAUCAGCACGUCGAUGCUUUUUGCAACGAUGGAUGGUGGGAAGGCGUUGUAUCUUGUUUGUUGGGGAGCGUCAGGAGGCCGAAGUAUAGCAUCAGCUUCCCUAUCACCGGCGACGCUAUGGAGUUCCUGCCGUCGGAGCUAAGGCCUCAUUUAGAUUGGGUUAAUGGGGAAUGGGUCAAUCCCCACUCUCAGGUAUCUGGAUUUGUGACUUUUAAGAUUUUCUUUGGGGUUUUAUGAAUAUUCCUUUUGUUGCCUUGUCUUCCUAAUAAUACAAGAUGCAUCUGUGCUUGGGAGUAUACUGUAGGGAGGCACAUUUUCAUUUUUGUUGUAAAAUUAAUUCUUUACCACUUCGAUGUGUGGCGUUUUUAAUUUAUGCUGUCGUACCACUUUGUAUGAAUGCAUUUAGUUUAAGCUCCUUUCACUUUAUUCAGGGUUCAUCAUCUAAAUUAUCCUCACCGGAGAUGAAUUGUCAAUGCCAUUUAAGUUAAUUUUUAUUUUCGUGGUGUUUUUCUUGCACUCUAUUGAAUUGACAGUUUACCUUGGUUGAGUAUAAUCCAAUUUUUGUGCACUGUGAUUUUGAGUUCAUGCAAUGACAUUUAUUCUUCACCCUCUUUUUAAUCUUAAAGAUAUUUACAA